UUGGAGCAGCUUCUGCCCUGUGGGCGGGGCGAGAUGACACCACAAUUAAAGAUGAACUUUGUGUGAACUAAUUUAUCUGAGGAAGGUAACAGGAGGAGACCUGCGCGCAAUGGAUAUAUAAGGGCGCACAAGCGAGGACGCUCUCAGUCUGCGCGUAAAGACGCAUCUCCUAACCAGAAGCUCUUUUGCGAUUUUGCGCGCUUCAGCAUGGGGCUGUACACUCUUAUAGUCACCUUUCUCUGCACUAUCGUGCUGCCCGUUUUGCUCUUUCUCGCCGCGGUUAAGUUGUGGGAGAUGUUAUUGAUUCGCCGGGUCGAUCCGAACUGUGGAAGUCCACUGCCGCCAGGGACCAUGGGCUUACCCUUCAUUGGAGAAACGCUCCAGCUGAUCCUCCAGAGAAGGAAGUUCCUCCGGAUGAAACGCCAGAAAUACGGAUGCAUCUACAAAACGCACCUCUUUGGUAACCCGACUGUCAGGGUGAUGGGAGCUGAUAACGUGAGGCAGAUUCUGUUGGGCGAACACAAGCUGGUUUCUGUUCAGUGGCCAGCAUCAGUGAGAGCUAUCCUGGGCUCUGACACGCUCUCCAGUGUUCAUGGCACUCAACACAAAAACAAGAAAAAGGCCAUUAUGAGAGCAUUCUCAAGAGAUGCUCUUGAGCACUACAUCCCAGUUAUCCAGGAGGAGGUGAAGAGUGCCAUACAAGACUGGCUGCAAAGAGAUCCAUGUGUGCUGGUUUACCCAGAGAUGAAACGACUCAUGUUUCGUAUAGCCAUGAGAAUCCUGCUUGGUUUCGAGCCUGAGCAAAUCAAGACAGAUGAGCAGGAACUGGUGGAAGCUUUUGAGGAAAUGAUCAAAAACUUGUUCUCGCUGCCUAUUGAUGUUCCCUUCAGUGGCUUGUACAGGGGUCUGAGAGCACGCAAUUUCAUUCAUUCCAAAAUCGAGGAGAACAUCAGGAAGAAAAUUCAAGAUGAUGACAAUGAAAAUGAGCAAGAACACAAAGAUGCUCUUCAGCUGUUGAUUGAGAACAGCAGGAGAAGUGAAGAGCCCUUUAGUUUGCAGGCAAUGAAAGAAGCAGCUACUGAGCUUCUGUUUGGAGGUCACGAGACCACCGCUAGUACUGCAACCUCAUUGGUGAUGUUCUUGGGUCUGAAUUCAGAAGUGGUGCAGAAAGUUAGAGAGGAGAUUCAGGAGAAGGUUGAAAUGGGCAUGUAUUCACCUGGAAAGACCUUAAGUAUGGAGCUGUUGGAACAACUGAAGUACACUGGAUGUGUGAUUAAAGAAACUCUCAGAAUCAACCCUCCUGUACCUGGAGGCUUCAGAGUGGCACUCAAAACCUUUGAACUGAAUGGUUACCAGAUACCUAAAGGAUGGAACGUCAUCUACAGCAUUUGUGACACACAUGAUGUAGCUGAGGUGUUUCCUAACAAAGAUGAGUUCCAGCCAGAGAGGUUCAUGAGCAAAGGCUUGGAGGACGGCUCCAGGUUUAACUACAUCCCCUUCGGAGGCGGUUCCAGGAUGUGUGUGGGCAAAGAAUUUGCCAAAGUGUUACUUAAGAUCUUUUUAGUUGAGCUAACACAGCAGUGCAACUGGAUUCUUUUGAAUGGACCCCCGACAAUGAAAACGGGCCCAACCGUUUACCCAGUGGACAAUCUGCCUACCAAGUUCAGUAGUUAUAUCAGAAAUGAGUCCUGAACUAACACGAGCUUUGUACAUAUGUUUUUUUUUUUUUAGAUGAGCUGUGAUGUAUUGGAUUUUAUAUUUUGUUUAUAUAAAAGAUGUGUAUAUAAGUCUAUACAAGAAAGCAAAAACGAGGGCACUACUUUUUCAUGGAUCACUGUAAUUCUACAAAGUGUCUGUGAUGUAUAUUUAUAAUGUAGUUGUGAUAUAUAUAUAUAUAUAUAUAUAGCUUUUGUACUGUAUGCAACUUAUUUAACUUGCUCUUUAUUGUAUGGGUUUUAUUUAAUAAAACAAGUUUUUAAAUUUCAACCAGUUUUUCAUUACUGGCAAUAAGUUGAUGCUAAUAAUAGCAUGUGAUUCACAUGCAAAGCACAUGUAAAUAAAUUAAGAUUGAACAUUCUGGACAAUGCCCUGAUCCUUUUUCAUGUAAAGGCAUCAGUAUGUUAUCUGAAAAGGUCUUCCAGGCAAACAGCAACAUUGAGAUCUCUUUAGCAGCUAAAGCAUGAUGAAAUGCAAAUUACCUGGAGCCCUGACAUUAAAGAAACUGACCAAAUGUGGGUCAAAUUUCUAAGGCCUGUUAAUUAUCAAUGUGACUAAAACUUUUGCAAAAUAAAAAA